CUAUACGCUCCCCGCCGCCCCGUUACUGUCUGGCUUCAUGGCGGUGACCACCGGCUGGUGGUGUAUCGUCUUGACGUCCUCGAUCCGCACAUCGAUCAGCUCCUCUCCUUCCUGCUCCAUCGAUGCGGGCCGCUGACCGCCCAGCUGCAUCGGACCGCGAGCCGCGCCACUGGGCUGCCCAACAACACCCUGACAUGCGCGACGAGUCAAACACAAGCUUCUGCCAACGGUCCUUGUUGUCUGUGUGAACUCGACCGACCUGUUUCUGCUGAGCGAUCGUGGAUGCCGAGUUGGCCUCUGCGGACGCAGCAGUGCCGGGCUGCAUGGGGGCGCCAGAGGGGAUGAGGUUGGCGCUCGAACCGGCGAUGGAUGCCGUGAUAUCAAACGACAGGUAUCGCUGGAUCUUCUUCUCCUCCGCGCAGCCCGUCACGCUCACGUGCGCCAACACGUCCAGCGAUGGCAGCAUCUCGUCUAUCGCACGCUUCAACUGAGCAAUUCAUCGACAACAGCCCACCCCCCAAACAUGCCCACAAGCAGAGACACCCAGACAGACAUAGGUACACACGCGCACAUCUGCCUGUCUUGCAGUGCGUGGGUACGUCGUGAGGGUCUGCGCACUGCACGGCCAUGACCAUUUCCUCUGUCUCCAUGAUCUCAUCGAUGUCUUUCUUCAUCUCGGCCGUCUUGCGGAAUGCGAAGCGGCGCCGUUUUGAAGGCCCCUUGUGCUGCUGAUAGUUGGACAGGCUGUCCACAUACAGCACCAGGAUGUGCUUGUCGAUGCGCGCCGCAAGCAGAUUGUAACCCUUGGUCUUAGCGCAUUCGACCAACUGCAUGCAAGUGAACAGACACGCACCAGGGAAUGCCAAUCGAGUUGAGAGCGAGGGCGGCUGGCUGGCGUGCUGACUCUGGGUAUGAUGGCGGAGUUUGUAACGUUGGUCUUGAGCUUCACCGAAACCUGUAUGCCCGCCCCGAACACAUGGAUGGAGAGGAUGGAAGGACGCGCCGCACAGACGGAUCUGACUGAUGAUUUCUGUUGUUGUAUGCUGACCUUGACCAUCGAUGCUGGCACGUCGGUGAGCACCAUGGGGUCGUGCUCCACCUCACCCGUCGGACCCAGGUGGGCGGGAUCCAAACCUACACAACACAGCAUUGAUCACCAAUCCGGCCAUCCAUCGAGGGCGCAUCUCUCGAGUGCUGUGUUGCAGUCCUCGAACCCUCGAUGAAGACGCUGCCAUGCUUGUCAUAGUGACCCAGGCAGUUAUACAACUAAUCCCAAACAGACAGACAUAUGAAUCAACCCUAUCUGUAUACGUAUGCCUGCUGCAGUGUGUGCCCUGGUGUAAUGUUUCACCGCUUUCUUGAUUUCUCCGAUCUUGACGUUGGAUAUUUGCGAUACAGAGGCUGCUUCCUCGAGGGUGGACAUGCGCUGAGGGAACACGCCCACCCUGCUCUCACCCAACUCCUGUGGCAACAACAGCAGCUCGCGUAUUGUGUGCAUGUGCACCUCAGGCUGCGCCUGCGCGAGUCUGCUGGCUGGUUACUUGUGCCAUGAGAAUGCUGACAAGCGUCUUAUCAAUCUGCUCAAUGUUGGCCUGACGGACCUGCAAUCAAACAACACCCGCAACAAACCACACGACACGCAGGUGAUCGAAACAUGAAUGCAUAUGCAUUUCUGCGCUCGCGCUCGUCAGGCGCAGUCGUGUGUGCCCGGGUCAACCUACCACUAUGUUCUGCUCGAUCAGGGCAAGCGCAAACUGGUUUAUUAGAUCUGGAGAACACAUAUGUUUGAACGAAAGGGGCUGCACUGCAGGGCAUGAGCCGUCUGGUCUGCAGGGCAUGAGCUCACCGACGUGGUGACCACAGAUGAUGUUGAUCUUGAUGAAGGGGAACAUGAAUGGACGCUGCUCAGCCGGGUGGAACACAACCUGCCGUGACACGCACACAUGACAUACGCUCAUGAUUCAUGGCUAGAACCGCUGAAGCUCAAACGUCCGCUGCAUCUGCUAUGUAUACACCAGUGCUGACUGACCCGUGCGUCCCUCGAUUCGAUGGCCUCCAAGAUGGAGUGGUGGAUCUCGUCAAGCUUCUCAUCGUCCACCAUCUGGCCCUUGACGCGCGGACGCACCACAUAUGUGCUGAACGAACAUCCAGUCAAAAAGUGUACAUCAAUGCCGUACAGACACCCUCUGCCAGCAGCGCACCUGACGUCGACUCGCCCAUCUGUGGCCAUCUUGACGGAUACGAUGUCCAGACCCACCUAUUCAAGCACGUGACGCCACACAGAAAGGAUAGUGCUUAGGGGUCUCGGCACUGAGACUGGUCCAUCUGUAGCUGUAAGCCACCUACCUCGUGCAGCAGGCCCGUGAUCUCGUGGACCACUCCCGGUUUGUGGCGUCCGGCGAACUGGAUGCGGAAACACGUCGCAAAGUACUCUGACAGUACAUUCUGCCAGAAAAGAAUAACACGGACGGCAAUGGAGGAAUGAGGUUCGCCCACGCUGUGCGCGUCUUUAUGAGCACCGACCGGGGACGAUUUCCCUGAUGGCGCGACGAUCUUCUUCGAGGGGUCGAUCUGACGACAACCGAAAUACGAUGCGCGAUGUUUCCUUCCGAUGUAUCUGGGCACCUUUUUCUUCUUCUGUUGUUGGGUGAGGACGUAUUUGAACGCGAAUGGGGUGAUGAUGGUGGCCCACAGCAGCCCCCAUAUCACAUACGCAAAAACCUGCAAAGUGUGGCGGCAACCAAGAUAGGCAACCAACAUCGCGGCAAGAGAGGUUCCUCUUCGUCGGCUUGACAGACCUCUUUGCUCAUGAGCCCCAACUGAUGAGCGCUUUGUGCGACCAGGAAGGCAAACUCCGCUCGUCCCACCAUGGCCCAACCUGUUGACAUGCAGAGAGACUGCAUGUGGCAGGCCGAGAUCGAUCCCUCCUGUCUGUGCUACCGAUGAUCCAUCUCGGCUGUCCCAUGUGCAGGCCCGCGAGGAUUUUGCCGCCAAUGCAGGGCAGUAGGCCAAUCACGAGACCCUAUAUGCCGGCCAUCGAUGGAUACCAGACACACGUUGAGCAGCGAAUAGAUGAGCAAUAUAGGUGCGUUCAUACGCCACGUCUGCACUCACCUUCCAGAAGGCAUCUACAGUGAACAGGGAGUCGACUGGGAUGGCAAACCCCACCGUGGCCGCGAAAAAGAGUCGAAGCAGCCAGUUCACGCCGCGCUUCGUCUGACGUUUCCAUAUCUGCAUGCACCAAAGACAUCAUGGAGCGCAAGAAUGCCCUUCCCCUGUUGGCAUCCCACGUUGCCGAGCCGAGCUCACCUACCGUGUGGGAUCUGGGCACCAUAGUGAAUGACAUGCCGGCGACGAAGCAGCCCAGAAGAUGACUUCCAAUGAGGUCCGCUAAGUAGCCGUAGAGGCAGAGCGUGACGAACAUGAUGAAGAACUGCACUUGGUCGCGUGGCUGGAACGAGGCCUUCUGGUCGAUCGGGAUCUUGGCCAGCAGCCACGUCAUUACUGGCGGGAAGACGAACAUGGCGAUGGCGGCGCCGCCGACCAGCAUGAGCACAGCGUAGAGGAAUGUCAGCCCCACAAUCUGGCCGAUGUUGCCUCCCUCCUGCCCCAGCUGUUGCAGAAUGAUGAAGGCGAUGAGCGAGAAGACGUCGUCGACGAACGCGGCCGUGACGAUGGCCUGGCCGUAGUCAGUUCCAAGCUGCUUGGUCUCGGUGAGCAGCUUGAUGGAUAUGCCCACCGAUGUUGGCGCCAGAGCGAUGCCAGCCGACACGCCAUCCUCCUCGAUGCUGACCGACUCUUUGUGCGGCAGGAUAUAGCCCACGAAGAUGGCGCCCAUGGCAAGGGGCAGGCAAGUGCCGAUGACGGCCACGAUGAAGGCCCCUACACCGACUUUGCGCACCCUCUCGAAGUCAAAGUGCAUGCCCGACUCGAAAAUGACGAGCGAGACGCCGAUUGUGCCCAGCAGUUCGAAAAUGGACGGCUCCGAACCGCAGUGAUGAUGCUCCUCCUCCUUGCACUUGUCGUAGCAUUUCUCUCGCUCCUUUUCACCUGCCGCGCCCGUCAGCGAGCAGUGAUCCUUAGCGAAUUUGGCCAUCCACUGGUCCUCGUACUUGGUGGCCUCCUCAGUCCCCUCUAGGAUCUUCAGGAUGGCCGAGUCGCUUUUAAUCUCGGUGCAGAAGUACUCGUAAUGGGCUACACAGUUGCCGUACUCGUUGGGUAAGACCCACCCAUUGGCGACGCUUGGCCCUGCGACCAUGCCGACGGCGAUUUCUGCAAGGAUAGUGCUGACACCCAUCAUCUUGCUGAGCUUGGAACCCAUCCAUAUCAGAGCCAGGAAGCCUGUGGUCUUGAGAAUCGCCUGGAAGCCGCCGCCCGCCAUUUUCAAGGUGGAGGUGGACCGUCACGCGGGAACAGGCCAGAAGAGAGGGCGCAAGAGAGUCAGGCCAGGAGUCAGGAGCAGGUUGUCGGGCUGCAGAGAGUAUUAGUCGUGGGCCGAC